UUUGUGUGGAAAAAAGCCCUCUGCGAAACGGAACACAAGCUGAAGAACCAGACCAAAAAAAUGUAUCGAAUGGCGGCGAAUCGCUUCCUCCACCACGCCUCUCUUGUUAAAAACAGCGGCGGAAGCAGCCUCCUCCGCUUCCCUAUUCUCAGAACUGUUAUUACCUCUUCAUGGUUUUCCACCUAUGCCGACCCUCAAACGUUUCCUAAUCAAACCCUUCAUCCUUCUGAUUCUUCCACGUCAUCAUCAUCACCAACGACGGCUGGGGAUGAUCCGCGUCAGAGGAGGAAGAAUCCCAGAGCCGAGUACGAGGAGGAGCAAGAUCAUGUGCUGCAAGCCUCACUACGACACGUCAUAAGGUUCGGAUGGAGUGAAGAAACGAUGAUAGCUGGUGCAAAGGAAGUUGGUGUUUCGCCUUCAAUUGUUGGAUCUUUCCCUCGUAAAGAAGCAGCACUUGUCGAGUUCUUCAUGGAUGACUGCUUACAGAGGCUUAUUGAUAGAAUUGACUCUGGAGAGGAAUUACGACAGUUGAUUCCUAGCCAACGCAUUUCAAAGCUUGUCAGGAUUCGCCUGGAAAUGCAAGCACCCUACAUAUCGAAAUGGCCUCAAGCUCUCAGCUUCCAAGCUCAUCCAUUGAAUGUUCCAACAAGUUUUAAGCAGAGAGCAAUGUUGGUUGAUGAAAUCUGGCAUGCCGCUGGAGACGAGGCCUCUGAUAUUGAUUGGUAUGUGAAGCGCACUUUCCUUGGGGGGAUAUACUCAGCAACAGAGAUUUACAUGCUGACGGAUCGCUCCCCAGAGUUUCGCGAUACGUGGCUGUUCUUGGAUGAUCGGGUGAAAGAUGCAUUUGAUUUGAAGAAGACAUUACAGGAGGCAACGUAUUUGGCAGAAGCUGUUGGUGCUGGAAUGGGGAGUUCUUUGCAAGGAUUUGUUGGCAAGGUGUUUCAGAGAUGAAAGCUGAUAUGAGGAUGGUUCCUUGAUGUCUCAGUGACUAGUGUCAGACUCAACAUUUCACUUUCAUCAGCCCUACACUAUUCGUAAAAGUUGAAGUAUGUUGAAUUUAAUCGUGAUUUAAGUGAAGAUAAUAAUGACGGGUUGGAGCUUAAGAUUUGAUCGAGAUUUUAAUGAAGGUGGGUUAAAGAUGAUAAAAAUAAGGGAAAACAAUUUCAGAUACUACCAAACUUUAAGUAUCGGCACCUUUAUACAAUCAAACUUUUAAUUUUGU